UCUCUCAGGUCUUAACAUAAAUCACCAUUUCCUUUCAUAUAUUUUCUCUUCAUGUUAUUUUAAUUUUUGCCUUCUGACUCACAAAUUUUGAGUUUGAGUUUUGAGUAUUCAGAGUCUGCUUCUUCUCUUUACCCGAAUUCUCUCUUUCUCAUUCUCUAUGUGUAUUUUUGUCUCAAUUCUUGUUCCAACUUAACUCAAGAGAGGAGCACAAACACACCCAACCGAACCUAUUGUUUUGUUUUAUUUUGUCUGAUCAAACUCCUUCAGUGGUUUUCUUUCUCCUGGUCCUCGGAGAUCUAGUCAACUUGUUUUCCAGCAACUUUCAGAGGAAAACAAUCUGGGAAACUCAGUAAGGGAUGAAGAGGGCAAGGGAUGAUAUGUACUCUGCCUCUGCCUCUCAAUUCAAACGCCCCCCUUUUUCUUCCUCGCGUGCUGAUUCCUAUGCACAAGUCCCUGGAAAUGGAGGGGGAGGGGGUGGAGGAGGUAGCAAUGGAGGUGGUGUUGGUGGGGGAGCAACUACAUCCCAGAAGCUGACUACCAAUGAUGCCUUAUCCUAUUUGAAGGAAGUCAAAGACAUGUUUCAGGACCAAAGAGAGAAGUAUGACAUGUUCCUUGAGGUCAUGAAAGAUUUCAAGGCUCAAAGGACUGACACAGCUGGUGUCAUAGCAAGGGUGAAAGAAUUGUUUAAAGGGCACAACAAUUUGAUUUUUGGAUUUAACACAUUCCUGCCUAAAGGUUAUGAGAUAACACUGGAUGAGGAUGAGGCUCCUCCCAAGAAAACAGUUGAAUUUGAAGAAGCAAUCAGUUUUGUGAACAAGAUAAAGAAACGGUUCCAAAGUGAUGAGCAUGUUUACAAAUCAUUCUUGGACAUUUUAAACAUGUAUCGCAAAGAGCACAAGGACAUUGGCGAGGUUUAUAGUGAGGUUGCUACCCUCUUCAAGGACCAUCGAGAUUUGCUUGAGGAGUUCACUAGAUUCUUACCGGAUACUUCUGCUGCACCUUCCACACAGCAUGCUCCAUAUAGUCGAAAUUCAUUGCAGCGCUUUAAUGAGCGGAGUUCUACGGCCCCAAUGAUGCGCCAAAUGCCACCAGACAAGCAACGUUAUCGAAGAGAAAGACUUCCUUCUCAUGAUCAUGAUAUGAUUGCUGAACGCCCUGAGAUGGAUGAUGACAAAACAAUGUUGAACAUACACAAGGAGAGGAAGCGAGACAAUAGGGAUAGGAGAAUGCGUGAUCAGGAUGAGAGAGAACAAGAUCUUGAUAAUAGCAGGGAUUUGAACUUGCAACGUUUUCCUGACAAAAAGAAAGCUGUCAAGAAGGCUGAAGGUUUUGGAAUGGCUUCCGAAUUUCCUUCUUAUGAAGACAAAGAUACCUUAAAGAGCAUGUAUAGUCAAGCAUUCAGUUUCUGUGAGAAAGUUAAGGAGAAGCUGAGCAGUUCUGAUGAUUACCAGACAUUCUUGAAAUGCCUUCAUAUUUUCAGCAAUGGAAUAAUUAAAAGGAAUGAUUUGCAAAAUUUGGUAACUGAUUUACUUGGAAAGCAUUCAGAUCUUAUGGACGAAUUCAAUGAUUUCCUGGAGCGUUGUGAAAAUAUUGAUGGAUUCCUUGCUGGUGUCAUGAGUAAAAAAUCACUAUCUACUGAUGCUCAUUUGGCAAGACCGUCAAAGUUGGAGGACAAAGACAGAGAGCACAAGCGUGAUAUGGAUGGAGCCAAAGAGAAGGAAAGAUACAAGGAGAAAUACAUGGGAAAAUCCAUUCAAGAACUUGACCUUAGUGACUGCAAACGUUGUACUCCCAGCUACCGGCUUUUGCCUGCAGAUUAUCCAAUUCCUACUGCUAGUCAGAGAUCUGAGCUUGGUGCUCAAGUAUUGAAUGACCACUGGGUAUCUGUGACUUCUGGAAGUGAGGAUUACUCUUUCAAACAUAUGCGGAGAAAUCAGUAUGAAGAAAGCUUGUUCAGAUGUGAAGAUGACAGAUAUGAGCUGGACAUGUUACUAGAGUCUGUGAGUUCAGCUGCUAAACGAGCAGAGGAAUUGUAUAAUAACAUUAAUGAAAAUAAAAUCAGUGUGGAGACUCUGAACCGUAUUGAAGAGCACUUUACUGUUCUAAAUUUAAGGUGCAUUGAACGUCUCUAUGGUGAUCAUGGUCUUGACGUAAUAGACAUACUGCGGAAAAACCCAACCCAUGCCCUUCCUGUAAUAUUGACUCGACUGAAGCAGAAGCAAGAGGAGUGGAGUAGGUGUCGUUCAGAUUUCAAUAAAGUAUGGGCUGAAAUUUAUGCUAAAAAUCACUACAAAUCACUGGAUCAUCGCAGCUUCUAUUUCAAACAACAAGAUUCUAAGAAUUUGAGCACAAAAUCUUUGGUUGCUGAGAUUAAAGAAAUUAAAGAAAAACAGCAGAAAGAAGAUGAUAUUAUUCAGUCUAUCGCUGCUGGAAAUAAACAGCCUCUAAUUCCUCAUUUGGAAUUUGAAUAUCCUGAUGCUGCUGGGAUUCAUGAAGACCUGUAUAAACUUGUUCGAUAUUCAUGUGAGGAGUUAUUCUCAAGUAAAGAGUUGUUAAAUAAAAUUAUGAGGCUGUGGAGUACCUUUUUGGAGCCAAUGCUUGGUGUUCCUACCCAGUCUCAUGCAACAGAAAGGACAGAGGAUAGAAAAACUGGGCAUAAUGUUCGAAAUUUUGGUGUACCGAGCAUAGGGGAUGACAGAAGCCCUCACGGAGACUCUCUUUCAAUGAAUUCAAGGUUACCAAAAUCUGAUAAGAAUGAAGCUGAUGGUAGACUAACUGACGCAAAGAAUGUUCAGCGUGCUAAUAUGGCAACCAACGAUAAAGAAAAUGGAUCUGUUGGUGGUGAACAUGGUUGUAGGGAUGAUCCAUUGAUGGACAAAGGACUGAAAAAUGUAGAAUGCAAUGACAAAGCCUCCGGGUUUAGCAAACCAUUUACCUCUGAUGAUCAAGGAGCUAAAAACAGUGUGUCAAUUGCAAUUAGAGGAGAAAACAGCCUGAACAGGACCAACUUAGCUGCAUCACCAGCGCGUGCCCUUACUCCAUCACAACCAACUGAUGUUGAUGAUUCUGUAGCCAAGUCUCAGGUUGCUAAUGUACCAUUGGUGGAGGGAUGUGACAUGGCAACUCCAGUACCUGUGGCCAAUGGUGUUUUAAGUGAAAGCAGUAAAGUUAAAAAUCACGAUGAAUCUGCUGGGCCUUGCAAAAUUGAAAAGGAAGAGGGAGAAUUAUCACCAAAUGGUGACUCGGAGGAGGAUAACUUUGUUGCCUACAGAGAUUCAAAUGUGCAGUCAAUGGCUAAAGCAAAACACAACACUGAAAGAAGAAAGUAUCAGUCUAGAAACGGAGAGGAUGAAUGUUGUCCUGAGGCUGGAGGUGACAAUGAUGCAGAUGCUGACGAUGAGGACAGUGAAAAUGUUUCUGAAGCUGGUGAAGAUGUCUCAGGCAGUGAAUCUGCUGGUGAUGAAUGCUUUCGGGAAGAUCAUGAAGAGGAGGAAGAUAUCGAACAAGAUGAUGUUGAUGGUAAGGCUGAGAGUGAAGGUGAAGCUGAGGGGAUCUGUGAUGCACAAGCUGGAGGAGACGGCACAUCUUUGCCAUUGUCAGAAAGGUUCCUUUCAUCUGUGAAACCUCUCACAAAGCAUGUAUCAGCAGUUUCAUUUGUUGAAGAAAUGAAGGAGUCAAGGGUGUUCUAUGGAAAUGAUGACUUCUAUGUGCUUUUUAGACUUCAUCAAACUCUUUAUGAGAGGAUCUUAUCAGCAAAAACAAAUUCAAUGAACGCGGAAUUAAAAUGGAAAGCAAAAGAUGCUAGCUUACCAGAUCCUUAUUCAAGAUUUAGGAACGCAUUGUACAAUUUGUUGGAUGGAUCUGCUGAAAAUGCAAAGUUUGAAGAUGAAUGCCGAGCAAUUAUAGGGAACCAAUCAUACGUGUUAUUCACCUUGGACAAGUUAAUAUACAAAUUGGUUAGACAGCUUCAAACUGUUGCAACUGAUGAGGUCGACAGUAAGCUUCUCCAAUUAUAUGAAUAUGAAAGGUCUCGGAAGCCUGGAAAGUUAAAUGAUUCUGUAUAUCAUGCAAAUGCUCAUGUCGUCCUUCACGAGGAUAAUAUAUAUCGGAUACAAUGUUCCUCUAGCCCCUCACGACUAUCCAUCCAGUUUAUGGACAAUAUGAAUGAAAAGCCUGAAUUGUUUGCCGUUUCUAUUGAUCCAAAUUUCUCCUUUUAUCUGCACAAUGAUUUUCUAUCUGUCUUUCCCGGCAAAAAGGAACCCCAUGGCAUCAUACUGCACAGAAACAAACGCAAAUAUGGAAACUUAGAUGAGCUUUCUGCAAUAUGCUCUGCCAUGGAAGGUGUUAAAGUAAUUAAUGGAUUGGAAUGCAAGAUAUCUUGCAACUCAUCCAAGAUUUCUUAUGUUCUUGACACACAAGACUUCUUCUUCCGGCCGAGAAAGAGGAGACGAACGCCGGCAGGGACAACAACCUCCCAGUUUCGUAGGGACAGAGAGGAAAGAUUCCGCAAAUUGUUGGCAUGCUCGUAAUUUAUAUCUUCAUGAAUAUUUGGUCUCUAACAUCACUAUUGAAAACCAGCUGAAGGGACUCACAUAAUUUGAUGUUUAUAAGAGUCUUGGUGAAGCAAGAUAGGAACCCUUUGGGUUACAAUUUUAUCUGUUGUUAUAGGAACUUGAAUUUUCACAUGUAAGUUAAGGAGGGGAAUAUAGAUGGGAUGUGUAAUAUGUUUAUGAGGUCUCAUGUCAUGUGCCCUCUUUUGUAAAUAGUUUGCUAUAAAUCUGUAGAAUAUUUGUUUACCAAAUUGUUCAUUAGUUGUAACAGUUACUUGGCCCUAGUUUUAUACUUGAUACUGUUCUUUCA